AUGGACAGCCAAGGAGCAACGGCUGACCCUCAGCUACAGCAAUUUAUCGAAGUUGAGUCUCAAAAACAAAGGUUUCAGCAGUUGGUGCAUCAGAUGACGGAAGUCUGUUGGGAGAAAUGCAUGGAGAAGCCUGGCCCAAAGCUAGACUCAAGGACAGAAGUCUGCUUUGUGAACUGCGUAGAACGUUUCAUUGACACUAGCCAGUUCAUCCUAAACAGACUGGAACAAACUCAGAGGGGUCGAGGAUCAUUCUCGGAGUCCAUGUCCGAAUAGCAAAGACUCUUCCACAAAAUGGACACAGGACACCGAUGGCCACUGGCUUUCACGCAUAGCCAUGCCACAUUUCUAUAUGGUGCAAUGAGAACCAAAAGGAAACAUGGAAGUGUUACUAUUGAUAAGUGCCUCAGACUAGGUUGUUGUAUAUUGUCACCAAGAUAAGUAUGGACUCAUUUUCUCUUGUGUCAUAGGAUGUGUGGUAACAAUGUGAAGUUAGAUUGAAAGUUGAUGUCUGUGAAGUCCAAAAAAGAGGUCCAUGCCCCCUUAAAGUUGAUAUUAUGGACAAAGCUCUAGUAGAGUUCCUACAUGGCUGGUGAAAACCCUGAGAUCUGAUGCAAGACCAUGAUAUCUGAGACACUCACACACUGCACUCCUAAAUAAGACAUUGGGAGCUCUACAGGUUAAGCACCAAUCAGUAAGAAAUGGUGUCUUGUUGGAAAAUAAUUGCAUGGUUUAUUGCUAAAUCAAAUGUUUUACUGAACACGCAAUAAAAAGUAUAUGUAUGGUU